AUGGUGGUGACCAAGGACCCGGCGGUCUACAAAGCGGCGCUUGGACUCAGCCACCGAGAGUGUUUUGGCGUGUCGCCGUCAUUGAGUGUCGUCUUGUCGUAUUUUCUUCCUCGCAGCAUUGCGGUGGUCGAGCACCAGGACUGGUCCCGUAUCCGCCGGACGCUGCAGCGCGGCAUGGCCAUGCAGAGCUUUGACAGCUUCCCGGCGCUUGUCGCCUCGUCCAUCCAAAAGCUCGAUGCGACACUGUCCAAGCAGCAGUCCCCGGAUGACAAUGUGCUCGUCGUUGUGCCUGAAGACGUCUUUCCCAACCUCACGUUUGACGUCUUCCACCGCCUCAUGUACCAAUGGGAUCCCAACACGGUAGCUGGCGACUCGAUGGACUUGCUGCACGCCGCGCUCCAGCUCGGCGAAGUCCUUGCCGACCGGUUCCUUUUGCCGCUUCCGCACUUGUGGAAGCUCCCGUUGGCGCGCAACUACGAAGCCGACGCCAUCCGCGACAAUUUGCACGCCAAGGUUGUCGAGCUCGUCAACACGCGCCGCCAGUACCUCGCGUCUCUCGACGAGCUACCGCAUCCGACGUUGCUAGACUACCUCCUCGGCGCCCUCGAGGACACCACGCUCUCGACGGACGAGGUGUACGACAACGUCAUGGGUAUGUUCCUCGGCGCCUUUGACACGACAUCGAAUGCGCUCGCCCUUCUCUUCAACAACCUCGCGCAGUAUCCGGACGUGCAAACCACGCUGCGCGCAGCGCUUGCCACGUCAUUUCCAGGCGGACCGGCUGCAAUUGCGCGCGCGACGCCCAAAGACCUGGAUGGCUGCGACUACUUGACGAUGACACUCAACGAAAGCAUGCGACUCACGCCGUCGGUCCGCAGCGUCAACCGCGAGUGCGUAUCGGCGUGUGAGAUCCACGGCGUCCGCUUCGAAGUCGGCGACGAGCUCUUUGUUCACAGCCACGGCGUGGCCAUGGACCCCGACAACUACGCCGGUAUGGACGACCUCGAUUGCUUCCGGCCAGAUCGCUUCCAAGAUCCAGCGCUCGAGAAAUCAAUUUCGCUCGGGUUUGGCUAUGGCCAGCACAUGUGCUUAGGUCGACACAUUGCGCGCGCCGAGGUCAAGGCCAUUUGCGCGUAUGUCGUCUCGUCGUACGAGCUUUCGCGCCCAGCAGACGGCCCGCUGCUCAAGUAUAACUCGACGCUUACGAUCGGCACCAAAGUCGGCUUUGGCACCAUGCACUGGCGCCGCCUCGCGCCGCCCCUCGCUGCCUAG